AUGAUUAAAAUUAAUCCCGAAUUAAAAAAAAGAUUUCUCACUUUUGAAGAAGCAAAAAUGCUUGUUAUAAGCACAUUAAAAAGAGGUAGGGCGAUAGAAAUUUUGAAUAAAAUAAUUAAUGAAAAAUAUAUAUUGAGAAAAUUUUUUUGUCAUUUAAAAAUACAAAAUAAAUUGAGACUUAUAAAAAAAGAAUAUUUCCCUAUUAGUAUAUGUAAAAUUGAAAAAACAAUUAAAUGUAAAUUAUCAAAAAUAUUUAGUGAACUACGUAAUUAUUCUAAAAAUUCAACGUAUUUUAUAAGUAAUUGCAAAAAUUUUAAAGAUUUUAAGAAAAUAUAUGGAGUAUUUAAAUUAGAAAAAGCAUUAAAAUCAUACACACAUAAAUUAUUAUUUACUUUUAUUUCAAAAUGCUUAAUUCUUAGAGAUAUAAAUUUUUCAAAAACAGAUAAAAAUGAAAUAAGAGAAAUAAUAAAUAAUUUUAAAUCAUUUAAAAAAAAUGAUAUUUUUUUAUAUAAUUUUAAUUACAAUAUUAGAAAAAGUAAUACAUACUAUAAAUAUAUCAAUGAUAAAUUACCAAAAAAAACAUCAAAUAAUAAUAUAAAUUUUAAUCAUAAAGUUUUUGAUUUUUUACUUCAUAACAAUAUAAAAACUAAAAAAAAAGAAAAAAAAUAUUCAUUAGAAAAUUUUUAUGAUGAAUAUCCUUUAAAACCUUACUAUUAUGAAGAAUUACCUUCUAUUAAAUUAUCUCAUAAUUUUGAUUUAUUUAUUAAAGAUAGUUAUCAAAAUGAUAAUGAAAAUAUUUUGCCUUAUAUAAAAUAUCUUUUAUACAUAAAAGAUGAAUAUAAUAAUUAUGGAUUUUUUGAAGAAAUAUUAUAA